AAAAAAAAAUAGAGCCAGAGCGCAAAGUGGGCAGGAUAGUCACAGCCGGCGGUGCUGGUGACAGCAUGACCGACUUCACUCAGAGCUGCUCUUAGAUUCCGCUCAAAGUUCGGAUCACCAAAGAACGCUGGUCCGGAGAUCAGCGGCCGGUGGCGGCGGCCUGAGCUGCCUGAAGAUGCUGUUCUUCAGGUGUUUUUUUCUGCUUGGACUCAGCUGCACGUGUCAGGCCGUGUCAGGUGACCCGUGGGGGCAGUGCCCGGCCAACCGGAAGUGCAAGGACAAGUUUGGAGACGGGUCAUGUGACAGAGAGUGCAUGGAGCCCGAGUGUCUGCGGGACGGCUUCGACUGCCUGAAGGACAGGGGUCACUGCAAUCCAGGCCACACGGAGUACUGCCGCGCUUACUACGCCAGCGACCGCUGCGACCAGGGCUGCAACAAUCCCGCCUGUGGGUGGGACGGCAGCGACUGCAUCAAGCACCAGAGCCCCAUGUGGGCCGCAGGCACCCUGCUCAUUCACGCCAACAUACCCAAGCAGAACGACUCCCUUCCCAUCAGCCCCCUGCUGUGGGGCCUCAGCGUCCUCCUGCAGUCACCCCUAAAGCUUCGGGAAUCCGUUCCCUUGGCCACCACCACCAACCUUUUUGACUUUGACUCCCAGGAGCUCUCCGAUCUACUCACUCACUCCCCCCCGACAGACUCUAAUGGGCUCCUCCUUUUCGUCCAGGUGGACAACAGGCCGUGCUCCCGUUCCCCUUCUACCUGUUUCCCUUACACCACCGAGGCCGCCAGUUUCCUGCGAGCUGUGAUGAUGCUGAAGCCCCAAACCUUCCCCACCCUCCCGGAAAUGAAGGCCAUCAUCAGUAUUAGAGGAGUCCGGGAGGAAAUAGGAAGCAGAGAUGAGGAAGUCAAAGUCAAUGAACCAAAUCCCUCGUGGUUGUGGGCUGUGGUCGCCUUGGCUCUCGCUCUGCUGCUUCUGCUCCCCCUGGUGGUGUUUCUGGUGAUGAGGAAGCUGAGGCAAAAGCAGGCAGAGGGGGUUGGUGGCAUCAGGGUGAGGCGGCGGUCCAAAACCACCAAUGAGGAGGAGGGCAAAGCGAAGACCUGGAUACAGCACGCAACACACCAAGAACCACGAGUCAGAUCCAGCAGGGACAAAGAGAAAAUCAGUCUGAAGAAGAAGAAGAAGGCCAAGGAAGCGGAGAAAAAGAGAAGACGGGAGCCGUUGGGGGAGGACGCCAUUCGAAUGAGGUCUCUGAAAAGGAACCAGGACCCAGGCAGUGACACAGACUUCACCCAGAGUUCAAUGGAAGACGUCAACAUGAGAUGCUCCAGGGGACUGGAGGAUCCCUCCAUCUGUGACCACCGGUCUCCGGAGCAGAGACACUUUGUGACUGGAGCUUCGCAGAGUCACCGACCGAUGCAGUCUCCACCCAGAGGAUGGGAAAGGAACGCCAUGCCCCCACCUCUGCUCAGCCCCCCUCAGCAGUCAGCAGAGUGGUGUGGGCCAGACGGGUCUGUGGUUCUGAUCAGAGCCGUGCGAAGCGGGCUGGACAGAGUCGUCCUGGAACUGCUGCAAGCAGGAGUUCCGGUCAACAACACAGACCACACUGGGAGAUCCGCCCUGCACUGGGCAUGCUCAGUGAACCACCUGUCUCUUGCACGGACCCUCAUCCGUUAUGGAGCUGCUGUGGACCUUCAGGACAACAAGGGAGAGACAGCCCUCUUCUUCUCCGCCCUCCACGGUUGCUACGAUACCUCCAGGCUUCUCCUUCUUCACGGUGCCAACCCAGAGCUGCACGACCGCAGAGGGCGCCGUCCCAUCGAUGUGGCCAGAGAGGCCAUGCAGCACCAGGUCCUGGAACUCCUCCUGGCUCACCAGAUUCAGAGAGGGCCCGUCCCUGGCGACUCCACCGCUGAAAUGAUGUGGGAGGAACGCACGCUGAUGUACCCGCCGUGGGUGGGGUCGCAGGGCCUGCCUGGAAGAAGUGCAUCCUUCUCUGGGAUUGUGGGACACAGAGACAUGACCCCACCUCCCCAAACUGAUUGGUCGAUAGGGCGGGUGCAGUACCCCAGCCCUCAAAACUGGCGUCCACAGCUCCACCAAUCAGCGACGGCGCUUGUCCCUCCAAGAGUCAUGGGCCGCUCCCCCCGGCCAAUUAGCACCCUGCAGGAAGUGACCUCGGAAGACGAGGAUCGAGACAGGCAGGACGUCGCCAGAGCCACCACGCCUCACUUCCUGUCGCCCCAGCCCGCCCCUCGACAGCGGUCCUUUUCCUGCACCCAGCAUGCUUUGCAGCGCCGACCCAGCGCCCACCAGCCCGAACCCAAUUAUGUCAUUGUGACAGACAGAACAGUCAACCAGCCGGUUGAAAGGGUGGUAGUCUCGCCCCCUCCCGCCGUCCAACCCGAGCCACAGCUGGUGGACAGUCCCAACAGACCAGAUCCAGUCGUGGCGAGCUCGACCAACGGCGAGCAGAAGUCCAGAGGUGAAAGGUCAACCAACCCGGGUGACUCCACACAGACAGCCCUGUAGGACCCCCUGAACAGAACGUUCCUGCCAGGAAAACAGAGACGAGGAAGAAUCCUAAUUUCUGCAUUUGUUCUUCAUCCCUUCACUGAUCUUCUUCCUCCUUUUUCCUCCUUUUUACUCUGAGCUUUUCUGCUUCUCCUGAGGAGUUGUGCUGUAAAGUCUCUUUGACUUUCACGAGAUUUUCAGUCCUAACUUCUUUAUUUUUAAAGGAACUCCAUCAGGUUGUACAGAAGCUUACUUUCGUUUUCAUGCAAUAAAGAGACUUUUGAAUGUG